ACCUUCGGAAUUGUUGAUCUUGAAAGCCGUUAGAUAGAGUUGAUCACAAAGCAAAGGAAACUUUUGUUGAGGCGAUUUUCUCUGUUGAUUUAAGAGUUAAUACAACGUUGAAAGUGGCAAGUUGAUGGCGUUGAUGUUGAGAGAAAAUCGUUGAAUUUGGUAUCAGGUAAUUUAGUGUAAACAACUGAGUAAACGUAAAUUGGCUGCUGUAAAGAGCAAAAAUGCUGACGUUUUGAGCGUUAGCCCUUCGUUAGAGCGAUUGGAUUGGAAUUUGGUAUCAAUUUGUUGAUUUUGAUAUAAAUAUUCAUUCUUGAAUUUUGCUAAAAAAUGGCGACCAUUUACAGCGACGGAGAACUCCGAUUUUUUAGACUUACUAAGGGUGUAGUGGAUUACUCGACCGAAGCAUUGAGGAUAGUUUUCAAACAAGAAUGGAAUUAUCUUUAUCCUGCCACUCCGUGGCGAGAUGACCACACUAGUGGCGCGCAGAUUUUAGCGGAGGAAAGGCGAGCACCGGGAUCCCGGCUCUAUGAUCCAGCGUACAGCGCGGAGUAUCAGCCGAUCAGGGAUCAUUUGUCUUCUGGAGACGUAGAAGAAUGGGACGUUACCACGUUAGUUUUUGCUCUGAAGUUCUCGCACGCUUUGGCCUCAAGCCGUUCGAGUCACUACGGUAGAAGGAUUGGAAACGCUAUCUAUAGGCUAAAAGAAGUAAGAAAUGAGGUCAUAGCCCAUGCCAGUAAAGCAUAUCUUUCUCGAAGAAGAUUCCAUCGAAACAUCGAUACUCUGACUCGGGCUGUUGGAGAUCUACUGAGAACUUCACAUCCUCUUGUUAGAAAGCUACAAACCUUGGAGACUGAGAUAGAAUUCCGAACCAAGGAUCUCGAGCGAUAUAAACAGUGGUUAAAGGACGACAACAACAGCCUCCUCUCCUUAGAAAAUGAUCUCGAAAGGUUGGAAAACAAAAUGAAGAUCCAGCCAGUUGGGGGAAACGAUCAUACACCAUCGAACGCAGCCGGAAGUUCUCGAGCGUCAGGGAAUAGUGAGAUCAUUUCGAAAAUACAAACUCGUGUGGCAAGAAUACAGCGUCAUGUGAAUGUUAGUGUUGACCUGGUGCCUUCACGCACAAAACCGGAGAUUUUCCAAAGUAGCCGAUACAUUAAAAUGAUAAACAAGUCUAAUUCUCUGUCGUUCAAUUUACGCUGGGAUGAAUUGGAGUCGUUUCUGAAGGGAUUUACUAGUGACCUGGAUUUGAAGAUUUUGGCUGGCAUCCAGCACGCAGCUGCCCUAAGCCAUCGUUCUAGAAAAGAUGAAGCAUUAGAAGUGCUUAAUGGUCUGGUUCCUAACGCUCUUCUGGCAAACAACGGGGUUUGGAUACAUGCGAGGAUAAAGAUACGGAAAUCGUAUCUGCUACAUGACAAGGGCCAAGACGACGACGCUUUAAGAGAGGUGGACGAAGCAGAGCAUAUGCUAAGUCUUGGGGAGUGCCAUGAAGACACUGCUGAGGUCAACAACGCUAAAGCAAAUAUCAUUUUGUCAAGAAGCCGAAACAGCAAAGAAGACCAGCAGAAUAUUCUGCUACACUUAGAUAAAUCAAUCAAGUAUUGCGAGAAGGCCACAGUCGAUAAGAGCAACACAGUCGUACAAGUGACACUGCGCAAGGCUCUCGUCCAUUUGGGCUUUUAUCAACACGGCAUCUUAGAGGAAGUUUCAAGCUCAGAUAUAGACAUCGCAAAGACUGUCUUGAAUAACAUUGAACGGAAGAUUGAGACGAUGUCUGAACGAAGUAAGAUCUAUUACACUUAUAGCCAAUCACUGCUCGCUUAUCGGGAAGGCGAUAUAGGAAGGGCGACUAAACUUGAACACAAAGCUCGGAAAAAGUGCGUCGAGCAUGACCUCACUAAUGAAAUUCAACAACUUGAUCGCUUGAGAGAUCUAAUACGAGCACCAUCACGUGGAGAGCAUUGAUUGGGCGAAUAUAUGGUCUCAUUAUUGUAACAGAAUACAAACACGGAAAGGUGGUUUCUCCCCUCCCCGCUUCCCGCCCUGUCCACUAUCACCUUUCUUUCAAAUUUUUCUGUACAAAAACGCAUCAACCAAACGAACAAACACAAACUCAACAAACAAUUCAAAUCUUCUAAAAAGUAUUCUAUAAUGAUCGACUGCCUGCUUGUUAGUUUGAAGAAAAAAAUCUAACCUAGAUGUACAGCCCCAAUCUUCAUAAGAGGCAACAGCUAUUAUUUAGUAAGGUAUUACAGCCACGAAUAUACCACUAAAUUGAUUAACUUCAUGUAUCUACUGCAAGACGCAUGUCUGAUUUAAAUACCCGUUAUCGUAUCUUUUAGCAUUCUUUUCAUGUUAAGGACCAUUAAGUUCCGGUCAUAAAGCCAUGUUUUCAAAAUGUCCUGGUGGCGUAUAUAGGACUACCCGCUAUGGAAAGCUUAUUUCUGGAGUUCACUCUUGAUCAUAUCCUCAAGUUUCACAGCAUCUACAGCAAACUUCCUGAUUCCCUCAGCCAACUUUUCUGUUGCCAUAGCAUCCUCGUUGAGAAGCCAGCGGAAUUUCUUCUCGUCUAGGGAGACUUUGUCAAUGUCGAGUUUUUUGGCUGCAAAAGGCAUAUAAUUGAGUGUCAAUAAGAUUAACAAGCAACAACAACAAUUGAUUGAUACUGCCUUAAAGGUUAUGCAUGUUGCCCUGUGUGACUGUUAAUUUGUGUGUAAGUAAGUAUGCAUUAUUCACUGUGAGAGUACCUACAUAAAGAGCUAAAAAUACCCGAUCCUUUUGAUUCUAUUUAGAAUUCAAAAUAAAUGCUACACUUUUAAAAUGAAAAUGCAUUAAAAAAUGUUCAGUAAACUGGUCUCUUGUGUUUAUGCUGACUAUAUGUCAGGCUUCAUGAUGUGAAGUUUUAGUUUAAUCUACUAGCAUUCUAUCAAAAGUGCUGCGAUCUGAUUGGACACGAUACUUGCUGCCUAAAUAUAGUGAGUGAGGUGAGUAGCCUAGCAGAAUGCAACUGAUAGCAAAAUAAAAUAAAAAGACAAGAGAAGCCUGUCUUGUUAAGUAUUGAAUAACUAGUAUAUAUAGACCAGAAU